AUGUCAAUUUCUGAUCCUGACACUUCUAAAGAGCUUCACAACGUCAAGUUCAUUUUGGAGGUUCUGAAAAUCUUUGAUUUUUGGUCCUUUGAGUGUAUUCUGGAUCGUCGAAAUUUGAUUCUGAAGCUUCUGAAGACGUUCUGACGUCGAACCUGAUUUUGAUGGUUAUUGAAAGGUCUGAAGCUUCCCUGAAAGACUCUGAAAAGUAGAGAACUCUUUCAGAAUCUUUGAAAGAGCGUUUCAAGAUCAAAAACUCACUUUGAAGCUUCUAAAAAACUUUCUACCGGGAAAAAUACUCUUAAAAGCUUCCUUUACUCUGAAUUUUUUGCAAAAAUCUCACUAAAGGUGUCACUUUUUAUUACGGUUCUUAGGAAGGAAAAAAAAUCAUUAAAUUAUUUGAAGUUCACUUAUGGUAAUACUUGAGAUGAAGCCCAAAAUAAAACCGCAAAGACAGAAUUUUUCAAAAUGUAUUCUGAUCUGUCUGCGCUCUCUUUCCUCUCACCGACAAAGACAUAGAAACAUGAAAAUAGCAUGUAAACAUGAGAGACUCGCCGAGAAAUCAGACUGUUUAGCGGCUAGAAUAUACUUUGGUGGAAAAAAAUCUUGUUUUUUUUUUCUAAUUUCUCACAAAAAUGUCACUUCGAAGCGGGGCAUGUCCAACAAAAACAGAGACAAGAGAGAAGCGCGCGCCAAGGCUCCGCCCCCUUCGAAAAAUUAUUUUUUUGCCGCCGUCGCGCUCCUUUCCUCCCAACAACGACCGUGGCAUUGACGUCUUCUUCUUCUUCUCCUCUUCUUUCUUUCUCUGUAUAUUUUUUCUGUUUCACCAGCGCCAUAAAGUUUCACCAGAAGCCAGGCUCCGCCCACCGGAAUUUCGCCGGCCACGCCCACUAAUUCAAUUUGACUGCACUGCCAGUGAACGGUUUUUUACCUGGCCCCUCGGCACUGUUUUACCAGUCAGUUUUCGGAAGUUUCGACCGCGGCGACGACGACGAGGACUUCUUCAUAUUCUGAAGCUUUUUUGACGUCGGAUUCUGAAGGAGACCUCAUUCUGAAGCUACUAGAAAGCUUGGCGACGUCAUAUUUUGAUUCUGAAGCUACUAAAAGGCUUAGUGACGUCAUAUUUGGAUUCUGAAGCAUCUGGAAGGCUCAGUGACGUCGUAUUUGUAUUCUGAAGCUGCUAGAAAGCUCAGUGACGUCAGAUUCUGAUUAUUAGGCAUCUGAAAGGCUCAUUGACGUCAUUUUUUGGAUUCUGAAGCAUCUGGAAGGCUUAGUGACGUCAUAUUCUGAUUCUGAAGCUGCUAGAAAGCUCAGUGACGUCAUACUUGGAUUCUGAGAGGUCUUGACGUCAAUUUUUGGAUUCUCAACGUCGACAUCCGAUUCUGAAGUUUCUUGACGUCAAUUUUUGAUUCGGAACCUUUUGGCACGACCUCCAACUACCUCUUCUACAUCCAGAAGACGUUAUUUUUGAGCUUCUGAAGCUUGGAAAAAGCCCCCGACGUCUUCGUCUUUUUAAUCCCCGACUGCUAUAUAGCCCUUCCGCCUGCCACUGUGUAUUAUGAAGCUGCUGCUACCUCCGCCGCUUUUACUUUUCAUACCAGGUACGCUGUUCGUUUUCUUUUCUCUUUUUUUUUACUACAUUCAUCCGUUUCUUGUUCACUUUUUGCAUUGUUUUCCCCCACGUUUCCUGAUUGUUUUCUUUUUUUUUUGAGUUGAUCCAGCUUCAAAGUGAGAAAGGUCAACCUUUUUUGUGAUUUCUGCCAAAAAUGGGGUUAGAAAUCUGAUUUUUAUGACUGAAAUAUUGAAAAAAAGGCUUAGAAGCAAGCAAAAUUACAGUUUUUCAGUACUUAUCUUUCUUUUUUGAUGGAAUUUUGCUAUGAAUUAUUUUUUUUUUUGAUGCUUGGCUAGCCUAUCGGCUCAUCUAUAAGAAACUCUCUUACAGUAUUUUAGAAAUAAAGGCAGAAAAAAUGAUUUUUUGAAUUUUUACACGAAGUUCAAUGAAAAAAAUACUCGGAAUGUUGUUUUAAAUAUGGAAAAUUGAAUGAAAACUCUGAUUUUUGAGCUCAUUUUUCAACCAUUUUUCUGUAGAAAAUUUGACCUUUUUGGUAACUUUUUAAAGGCGCAGAGCGGAGCCAAGAAAAUUCGUUCUGAGACCCAAUGUUGGAAUUUAUAUGCUCUUGUUCUUUCUAUUUCCUCUGAAGCCUUUGAGUACUAUUCUUUACUUUUUUUUUUUGCUUUUGUGAUAAUUUUGAAGACACAGGAUGGAACCAUUUAUAAAUCGUUUCAAGACCCAAUAUUCCAACCCAACUAGUUCAUCUUCACUCUCAACUUUUCUUGAACCUAUAUAAUUAAGUUUUUUCUUGGAAAAAAAAACUGAACUCUCGACUUUUUCCAGUUCAUACCUUGUCUUUAUUUGAGGAUCCUCGUCUUGAUUUAUUUAUUGAUUUAUUUAUUUAUUAAGUGUGAGAAGAGUUUUUUAAGGUUCGGUAGGGAAAAUAUAAAAAAAGGAGUAUAUUGGGAGGUUUUUGGAAUGACUUUUAUAUGUUGAAGUUGAAUAGAAAACGGUUAAAAAAAGAUAUUUCGAUCAAUUUAUUUUUACCAAUUUUAAAGGCGCAGGGCGGAGCCAAGGAUAUAAUCGUUUCGAGACCAUUUUUCCUCUCAAUUGGAUGAAUAUUUCAAUUUUCUAUUCGUCAUUUAAUCAAGAGUUUGCCAGAUUUUUUUUGGACUGUUUCAUUCGUUUUAAAGGCGCAGGGCGGAGCUUAGAUUUAGAUCUUUUCGAGACCCGAUAUUUUCAGUAUUUGCUACAGAUUGGAUUUUCUUAAGACAUAAUAUUGAUAUCCGUCCUCGAAAAAUUUUGGGAAAUUUUCAAAUUAGGGAUUUUGAGAAAAUUUUAAAGGCGCAGGGCGAAGCUUAGAAUUAGAUCCUUUCGAGACCCGAUAUUUUUCUGAUCUAGGCCGUGCCAAAAAUUAUCUUUUCUUGACCGUUAUUUGACUCGUUUUACUAGAAGGUCUAUCAAUGAUUUUCAUUGAACUUUCAAAAAAUUUAAAGGCGCAGAUCGUAGUUUGGAAUUGGAUCUUUCCGAGACCCAAUAUUCUUAUGAUUUUCGAUUCUCAGAUGUUUUUUUUGUCGUUUUUUUGUCAAAUUUUGGGCGGAUUUCUCUGAAACUUUCCAUGAGCGUUUUCCAUUUCUCAAAGUUCUCUUGUUUCGCUACGAUCGUAAAUAAUCCUUCCCCAUUGUUACCACUUUCUUUUGUCUUUUCUCCCAUUUCUUCUUUUUUUUUUCCUCAUCACGCUGACCCCUUGUCAUCAGUUGUUACAACACCAACAAAUGUACACCCAAAAACUUGAGAACUACACUUUUUUAAGGUUUUUUCUUACACUAUCAAGUGGUUUCGUCUUCUUCUCGGUAUUUUGAUAAGGAAAUGGGUUUUUCGAGAAUCGAAAGAUCGGUCUAGAAAAAAAAAAGCCAAAAAAAGAGGAAAAAUACUAGAAAAAGGAUAUUUUCCGAGGGAAAAGCUUGGAUUUUUGUACCUUUCUUUAUUGAAAAAAAAUAGUCGUAGUUCACUCAUAAAACGGUGCUUUGUAGUUUUUCGGGCCAAGACCAUUUUUUUAGGCGUCUCUAUGCGCCUUUAAACGACUCGAAAUUAGAAAGAAAUUUUUGUGCACAUAAAAUCGACAGAAACUUCCUUGAAAACACUUUUUUUCUGGACAAGAAUGACUAGGGCUCCAUCAUGGAAAGCUUUUUUUCUUUUCGUGUCGAGAACUUUUUGCCAAGCUCUUCCCUGCGCCUUUGAAUUUUUUUCAAAAUGGGUUUUUUUAAAAUUUUUUUCUUGUUCUUCUUGUUUUUAUUCUCGAAUUUAAGUAUAAUUUAGACCUUUCAAAGAUUUUUUUAAUUUGUUUUUGAAAGACAGUAGGAUCUUUAUAAUUUUUCGGAAUUUGAGAAUUUUCAUCGUUUUGAAACGAAAUUAAACUGAAAUUUGGUGAAAAAAAUUUUUUUUUUUCUCAGCUAUUUUAGUUUUCAAAGUUCGUUCCAAUGAACAUAAGAUUGCCUGGUCAAGUUUUACGAUUUUUCGAGCCAACAAAAAGUGAAAAAUCAAUGUUUAGCGGAUCAAAAAUGAACAAAAUCCCCAACUUCCCACGCCUUCGGAAGUCCAGGAACCUUUUAACCGCCAUUAUCUCAUCAUUAACCGACGAUUACGCAAUCAGGGGGGAAAAGCAUGUCUUCAUCAUCAUCCGUCUUUUUUCUUUUUCGGACAUCCCCCCUCAUUUAUCAUUGCCCUUAUCAGGGGGCGCCUUGAAUAUAUAUAUAUAUGUAUAUAUCGAUUGGAAUUGUUUGGAAAAGGAAAAUUAUAGAAAUGUGAACUUUCUUUUGAAAUUGUGAAGGAAAAAUCAUUAAUUUGAAGCUUUUAAACUUGAAAAUGGCUUCUCUUGCAUCUAUUUUUGAAAAAUAACGUUUUGGUCAUUUUUUGCGUUUAUCAUGUCCAUUUCGAAAGCUAGAAAAAUAACCUGUUUUUUUUAAUUUCCGUGGUCGCACUUGGAAUGGCUGAGAGGGUCGUGUUUUGACUGAAAAUGAUGCGAAAAAUGAGGAAAAAUGGGUUUUUUAAACCGAUUUUUAGUCCCAAACAGAUUAAUUAUGAACUUUAAAAGUGACGGAAGAGUUUUUAGAAAAUUUUGGACGCAUUUGGAAUGGCUCAGAGGGGCUCACAACGACACGAAAAAUGAGAAAAAUAAAGAAAAAUGAAUUUCUGCCUAAAAAUAGUUGAAAUUCAAUAUCUAAAACUGAUAAAAGUUGUUUUGGACAUCCUGGACGCAUUUGGAAUGGCUUACUGAGAAAAAAUUAGCAGAAAAAUUGACUGUAUUUGACAAUUCUCACCCAAAAUUUGACGGAAAAUUGUAUAAUUUGGAAUUUUUUCAAAGGGAUUUCGAAUUUAUCUGUUAAGGGGUCCCUUAAGGGAAUUCUAGCGAAUUUUUGGACCUUGAUCUUAAUUGUUAAGGGAUCACUUAAGGGGACUCUAUCGGUUUUUUUGGACCUCGAAUAUAACUGUUAAGUGAUCACUUAAGGGAAUUCUAGCGAUUUUUUUAAAAAGGUACUCUUUUUAAAGAAGUGUGUAAAAAUUUUUCAUUUUUUUAUCAAUUUUUUUGGACUUUUUUUCAUGUAAUCUUAUCCUUUGAGUCCAAUUUUUACGCUGAAAAAUGAGGAUUUUUCUGCAAAAUUCACUUUUUUCGAGAACUUUUGUCUGUUUUUAAUCAAAUUAAAAAUAUUCCUCGUCUAUUUUUAGGCAUUUUUCACUGCCCUUGAAGUUCUUCAACGCUAAUUUGAAGUUUCGGAACCAUUAAUCAAUUUAAAAAAAUCAAAAAAAUAGUGGUCAAAAAAAGAGUUUUUUUACAGUUUGAUGUCAUUUUUUACAAAAAAACAUGAAAACCAAGCUUUUUCCUUUCGUUUUUUUCCGACCAAAAAGGCCCUCCGUUUUGAUUGGAUUAAAUUUUUUUGACAAGUUUUUUUCUUUCCCUCGCUUUUCCUUCUUCGGUAGAAAUGUUGACGACCUUGUUCUUUCGUGAUUGUUUUGAUGAGUUUUUGACAAUGGGGACUUUUUUUGGAAAGUUUUUUUGACAUUUAUAAGUAGUGAUUAUGAAAAAAAUCAUUUUUUUCACGAUUUUUAAAAUUUUUUUUCACAGAGAAAAUUGAUGAACUAAUGAGAUAAUCACCCUUUAAAAAAAUUGAAUAAAUAAAAUAUUUAGUACCUUUUUUAAGAGAGAGGCUUUUUUUCAUGAUUUUAUUACCUUUUUUUCAGAGACUCAGAAGCCUGGAAAAAGCUCUAAAAAAAAUUUUUCGUCUCGAGACCUUUUUUUGAAAUUUACCCAUGCGCCUUUAAAAAUCCCUAAUUUUUUUGGUUUUUUUAGCUUUUUUUAAAUCGGUUUUUUUGAUUUCUUUCUUAUUUAUGUUUAUGGUAAGAGCUAUAAUAGUAGAAAAUAACCGAAAUCAAUAAUUUUUUUAACUUUUUUUCGCUUGAUUUUUCUAUAUAGUAAGGCCGAAAAAUAUUGACAAAAGGAUCCCUUUUUCCAAAUUUUUUUAGUACAUUUUUCUCAUUUUUUUCUUGUCUUAAUUCACAUUUUUAGGCCGAAAAAAAAUUAGCCUCAAAAAAAUUUCAUUUUUUUGCAUUUUUUUCAUUUUUCCUGGUAUCUAUUAACAUGGCUAGGAGAUGAAAAAAAUCGUUCAAUCUCUCAAAAAUAACUUUUUUUCAACUUUUUAGUUUAUUUUCACUACUUUCCUUGUACUCAUUUACAUGGUAAGGAGGCGAACAGUCGGUCAAUCCCCCAAAAUAAUUUUUUUAACUUUACGAUAUUUUUUUACUACUUUUUCUUGUACUUAUUUACAUGGUAAGACGGCGAAAAAUUGGGCCUAGAAAUCGUUCGAUGGCUUGUCGACGGGAAAACUCUAUAAAACGGCUAUUUAGGCGUUUUUUUCUUCCGCCGACGCGCAACGCCAGCGUCUUUUUUCUUCGCGUUUUGCGUGUGUUGAGAGGGACGCCGAUGCGCUUUUCCGAUCAAUUGCCGUGAUUUUGAGGCGCGACGCAACAAUUUUUCAAAAAAGGGAUCGAUUUUAAUUGGGGAGAUAAUGGGGCAAAAGCUGGGUUUUUGGCUCAAAAAUGGUUGAUAUGAGGCUUUUUUGGACUUUGAUUGUGUGCUCUAUUGAUAAUAUUCCUUCAAUUUUAUUCUUUUUUUGGAGGUUCGAAUGAUUUUUCUAAGAAUUGAUACACUGAAAAAAAGAGAAAGAAAUAACAAAAUUCUUGAUAAGGCUUUUUUUAAACUUCAUUUAUAUGCUCUAUUGAUAAUAUUUUUUUCGUAUUGGUUCUUUUUUUGCUUUUUUUGAAAGGCUAGCGUGAUUCUUCAAGAAAGAAUGAACUGAAAAUCAAAAAAAUUGACAAAAUUCCUGGUUUUGAGCUCAUAAAUCGAUGAUAAUUGGCUUUUUUUGAGCAACACAUUUGUGCUCCAUUGAUAAUAAUCUCAAAAUUAACUCUUUUUUUGCUUUUUUUGAGAGGCUAGCGUGAUUUUUCAAAGUAGGAAUGAACUGAAAUUGAAAAAAAAAAUGGCAAAAUUCUUAGUCUUGAGCUCAAAAAAUCGUCGGUAGGCUCUUUUGGGCUUCGUUUAUGUGCUCUAUUGAUAAUAACCUUUUGAAUCGGCUCUUUUUUUAGAAGGUUUGUAUGAUUUUUCAAUGAGAGAUUGAUUAAAUUCGAAAAAGGAUCGGGAAAAAGCUGAGUUUUGAGCUCAAAAAUUGUUGAUGUGAGGCUUUUUUGAACUUUGUUUAUGUGCUCUAUCGAUAAUAUUAUUGGAACGGCUCUUUUUUGGGAGGUUCGUAUGAUUUCUAAGAAAUAUAAUGAUCAAUAUUGAAGAAUAGUCGGUGAAAACCUGACUUUUAGCUCAAAAAACGAGGAUAGUAGGCUUUUUUGAGUUCAACUUGUGCGCUCUAUUGAUAAUAUUUCUUCAAGUCAGCUCUUUUUCAUCUUUUUUCUAGACGGUAACAUGAUCUUUUAAAAAAGACCAACUGAUUUUGAAAUUGAGAAAAGGCUAGUUUUUCAGCUCAAAAAUUCGUUUAUAUGGCUUUUUUGACAUGUGUUUAUGCGCCCUAUUGAUAAUAUAACUGUAAUGUCGAUUUUACGAAUCCUUAAGUAUUUUUUUUCAACAAUUUGAGUCUCUAUUUCUGUUGAUUAAAGUUUUAAUUUCAAUAAUGGACCUCGAUUUUUUGAUUUUUUUUUUUCAAUGGGAAAAACUUAUCGUAACGGAAAUCAGAAAGUAUUAUUUUUUUGUAUUCCAAGCUUAUUUGGAUCUUUAUCUAAAUUUCGUUUACUCCAUUUAUUUUGAAUAACUUUUUUUCGAACCCAACGAGAAACCUGACCAUUUUCCCAUGAAAAUCUCGUUCUCCUCAACUUUUUCCUCCUUUUCUUGAGGCUUCCAUCGAAAUUGAGUUAUUCCUCGGGUGGAAAAUUCAAGUUUCUUGUCAUUAAUUUGCCUUUUGAGACUAGAAAGUAUCGAAGAAGAAGAAGAAGAACUUUUUCCCCCCGGUAUUUAACCUUGAGUCGAGUAUCACUUUAUCACCAAAUUCUCUGCUUUUCCGACCUUGGGCCACAUUUUUCCGCCGUUUCCAAGCUGAAAGUUUUAAGAAGAAAGAAAAAAUUGAUAUAAAAGCUCAAAAAUUAUUCAAAAAAUGCAGAAUUUAGAGGAAAUAUUUUUGGCUUUAUUGCUUUUUUUCAAGCGUAAACCUACAAAUAAAGCGAUGGAAAGUUUUUUUGGACAUUUUUUUCAAAUUUCUUUAAGAAAAAGAACAUGUAGAGCUUGAAAAAAAUCGUAGUUCUUGCCUCAUUUUUUUCCGAUUUUUUUAUCGUUUUUUAAGCUCAAAUUUGUAAAUUUAUGUAAGGUUAACAGCAAAAAAAUUCGUGUUUUUUUGUAAGUUUUUAGCCAAAAAUUUCCUUAUUUUUCUUUCGUUUUUACUCGAAUUUUUCGAAUUUUUUUCAGGGUUAAAAAGCAAAAAAAUUCGUGUUUUUUUGUGAUUCACCUACUGAAACUUUGAUCAAUCUCAAGGAAAAAAAUCAUGUUUUACCCUGUUUUUUUCAAACUAUCAAUUUUGAUAAAACAAAAAAAGCUCGGAAAAAAAUACUCGUUUUUGUUUUUUUCUUCAUGCUCAAGGCUGAAUAUUUUUCCACUUUUUUCCUUUUUAUUCUCUAAAAUUUCAUUUCUCUUAUUGAAUUUUUCUAAGAAAAAGCUUGAAAAAAAGUAGUUUUUUUGCCCAAUUUUUUUGACACUUUUCAUCGUUUUCAAGCUGAAUAUUUCAAGUUUAACGUCAAAAAUCCGUCUACUUUUUUUCUAGCUAAAAUUUUGAUCAAUCUCAAAAAAAAACAUAUUUUUGAAGCUAGAAUCUUUGCGAAAAUCCAAAAAAUUCCUCGGAUUCGGAAGAUAAAAGCCAUCGCCAAAACGACGUGUUAAUCAUUGAACGCUUGUUUUUGUUGCCGCCCGAUUUUAUUGAUUAUGUCCAGAAGAGGCCGAUAAGAGGUGUUAUGUUAUCACAAUUAACGUCAGCUUCUGCGCGCGGGGGGCUAAUUUGAUCUAUUUUAAUUAUUGUGAUUUUUUUCGAAUUUUUAAAAAAAUUUCGUUGGGAACAUAAUGAAGAUUAAAAACAGCCGUGAAUAUCUGGAUACUGAAAAAUGGAUUUCUUCAAACUUUUCCUUUACGGGUUUUUUAAAAUUAGGUUUUCGUGCCUUUUCAGACUCAAGUUUAGUCUAAAGAAAAGCUUUGAAUAAAAUUCAGAAAUGAUUUUUUCGAUCAGCUUUGGUUUUUUGUACGCUAUAUAGUCUAUAUACUUGCUUCAAAAAUGAUUUCAAGCUUGAUUUUCGAAAAAAAGACGUUUAUUUUUCUCCUUACAAACCUUUUUUUAUAAUCAGUUUCACGAUGACUUUUGAGGAAUUAUCAAUUUUUAAAGCUUUUUUCAAACCUUUUUCGUAAUUUUCCAUACAAAAAUGAGCUAUCAGGGGGUCAUUUAUUUAAUCAAAAUUCAACUUGAAGCUUUUCUGGUGUACCUAGUCAUGAUAAUGAAAAAAUCAACCUGUAAAAAAAAGCCCAGUUUUUUUUUUCAAAGUUACCGGAAAUCACAAACAUCAAGAUUUGGAAACUUUGAACCUUAUUCAUUCAAAGAUUGCUAAUUUUUGCGAACUAAGAGCGUUCCGAUUUUUGUUUAAUGGAUUUUUUCUUCGAAUUUUAAAUUUACUUACUGUUUUCCUUCAAUUUUUCUAUUGUCCUGUGACGUAAAAUGCUGUGGGAAAAAUUGGCUUUUCCCUUUUUUUCGGCCAAUGAUGUGUAAUGCCCGUCAUAUCACGUGAUUGCAUUAAAUCGUCUGUUGGAAUCAUUUUUUGAUUUUUUGGAGAAAUUAAGAAAAUAAAAGUAUAUAUUCAGAUGAAUAUCCUUCAAAAGAAAAAAAUCGCAUUUUUUUAAAAAAAUUUCUAUUGUAGAAAAAUUUCGGAAGUAGUCGAUAUUUCUGACCAAUUUGAGGGUCUUAUAAUAUUUUUUUAUAAAAGAAAUAUUUCAAAAAGACUCCUAUGCAUAGAAAAUAUUCUGAAAAUCUUGAAAAAUUAUUUUUUUCACGGCGAAGUUGUGCAAUCUGGCGUCGGAGUGAGCUUUUCGAAAUCUUUCGAAAAAUGCUUUUUCUUCUUUCUUUUUGAUAUAUAUUCUAUGUUCCAAUUCGAGAUAUUGAUGCUUAUCAUUAUUUUUCCGAAUGGAUAAAAGAAAAUUCAUAAAAUCCUAAAAGCCUGAAAUAUUCAUUUUUUUGUUGAAUUUCCAUCGGUUUUUCACAUUUUUUCUUCUUUUCAUGUGUUGUACUUCAAUUUUUGAAUAGUUUUAUCCAAUUUUAAAAUUUUUUGUUACAGGAAUCUUGGCCCAGACGCUAUCACCGCCAAUUACGGACCGGUUUAAAUGUUUGACCAACGGUUGUUGCGACCAACACGAAUGGUGCCGAUUUUGGGCCUCGAUCGGAGAAUGCAAUGUUCGUUUUUCAUUAAUAUUUGAGGAAAAUAUAUGAUUUAGGAUGUUUUGUAAGGUUUCCUUAAGAAAAAUGGUUAGUUUGCUGCAGGUUUUAUACGAAAAUAUAACGGAAAGUCAGGGAUUUUAGAUUUUUCAUCGAUUUUUAAGCUUGAUCGGAUGAUUCAAUGAUAGUUUUUUUGGCUAAAAAAAUCAAGGAAAUUGUUGAUAUUUUGUUAUUUUUGUAAGGUUUUCCUACGAAAAAGGCAAGUUUGUCGCAAGAUUAAUACAAAAAUUGAGUGAAAAAUGAGGAAGUUUUCAAUUUUUUUCGAUUCCGCUCAUUUUUCAUCCAUUUUUGGGCAGUGGAACUCCAAAUUUUUUUCACAUUUUUUUAAAAAAAUGUUAAUUUUUGUACGUUGAGAUGGCCUUUUUGUGUUGAAUUCAAUAGGAAAAUAAUGAAAAAAAUCAAGGUUUUUUUGGUUUUUUUCUCAUUAGGUUAGUAUUUCUAGUUAGUAAACUUUGAAAACUCUAAUUUUUUUGUUUCAAAACUGAUUAAUUUUUAAAGUUUUUUUACAAUAUAAAUGGCUGGUGAAAGGUGCGUUUUUCGAAAUUUAUAUAGUGAGAAUGUUAAAGUUUGAUUGAUAGUUGUGAUUUUUGACCUGAAAGAUGAAUUUUGAUCGUUUCGCAUCACAAAUUUCAUAAUUUGAAGGUUUUUUGCGUUCAAAUCCAUCAGUAUUAAGUCAAUUUUCGUGAAAGAUUGAUUUUUCAAAGCCAAGUUCAAUAGAAAAAGCUCCAUUUUAAGAAAUUAUUUGUUCAAAAAAAAAGAUUUUUCCUAAGGCUUUUUUUCAAUUUUUGCUUUUUGAAGUUUAUGAUCUUUUCAUUGAUUUAACCUGUAUCUCUCCGUAGAAAAAAAAUGUUUUUUUCGGAGUUUUUUUAAGGAGGAAAUAAAAGCCAUUCAGAAGGGUUUUUGCAUGUUUAAAAAUUGGGAUCGCUUGGAAAAAUCGGAUUUUCUGAAGUUUUGGGCAUUUUUCGAAGUUUUUCUUUAUUAUUUUUUUUUUCUACAUGUUCUUUUUGGAUAAAAUAAUGGUCUACAAAGUAAUUUUUCCAGGCCAACCACGACUGGAUGACGGAAAAAUUGUCAAUUGGCUUGUGGAAGUUGUACGGCGCCGCCUGCUUCUCCACUCCCGACACAAGGUACUUUCUUGAUUUAUGGAAGUUUUAGGGGUUUUGAACAAGUUUUUGAUUAGCGAAUAUUCUCUUUCUUAAAAAAUUUUUUGGCGGGGGGACUUUUUUUGAACUUUUUUUUGGGGGGUACUUGGAUAAAUGAGGUUUUAGGUCCCAAAAUAAAUAAUUUUUGGGUAGGAAUGGAUUUUUUGAGGUUUCAUUAAUUUUUUUCAGAAAAAGGUAUAGCUUUAAUCUCAAAAAAACAAGGUUUUUCCUAAUUUUUUUUUUCCGUGUUUUCAGCAGAUUUUUGAGUUUUCUAGUGUAGGAAUUCUUAAAAACACGGAUUUUCUGUAUCUCAGUCCGAUUUUUGCUAAAAUUAUCCAUUUUCAAGCAAUUUCGGACUGUUCGCACUUUAAAAAUCCACUUUUUUCGGUCCUAGUUAUAGCCUCAAAAAUCAAAGACCAACCAAUUUUGACCAUCAGAAAAAAAACGUUUCUUCGAGUUCUAAUUGGUCAGAGAGUCUCUUUUUUCAGAGGGAUUAAAAAGUUGAGGGAAAACUGGUUUGAAGGUACCCGAGAACAUGUGUUGGGAUGGCCGAAAAUGGACUGGCUAGAAUAUUUUUUUUUUGGGUUUGAAGUUUCAAAUUUUCUGAGGGACACGGGGAGCUUAAAGUUAUUUUUUAUGAUUUUUACAGUUCUCAAAUUGAAAAAAUGUUCCUAAUGAUAAGUUAUGGUGCUAAAAGGGAAGUUAAAAUAUUAAUUUUUGGAUCCGUAGUGCUACCGCAACGCUUCAAAAGCCAUUCUAAUAGAUUUUUCAGUUUUUUAGGCCAUCAAAUAUUUCUUAGUUUGCAGUUUCAACCUUGAAAUUUGAGUUUGAGCAAUUCUUAUCUUGAUUUUUGAACCGAAUAAUUAAUUUUUUUAAAGCUUCAAAAUGUUAAAAUAUAUGGUUUUUGAUGGAUUAUGGUGCAAAAAAUGAAAAAACUUCAAAGUUUAAUUUUUUUUUUCACUGUCUCAUAGCUACCGCGACGCUUCGAAAGUCGUUUAGAAAGAUUUUUCAAUUUUUCCCAAAAAUUAUUGUCGCAUUUGGAAUGGCUCAAAGUGUGGAAAGGUGCGCAUCCGACCUUGAAACGACUUGCGCCAAGAAAAAGGCAUACGAGAGCAAAUUCAUAGAGGACUAGACACACCUUAAAAAAAUAUUUUUUUAUAAAUUAUAACAAUUGAACUUCAAUUUUUCGCGCCGAGAACCAUUCCAAACGCGACCAAUUAACUUCAAAUUGAUGCGGUUCAAGGAAGUUGAUCAUUUUCGCAAACUGAAAGCAAUUUACUUCCGUUUCCAGUGUGAAACGUCAAUGAGAACUGUUGAAAAUUGUUAAACUGACAGGAAAAAGAAAAGGGCACGGUUCCACAGAUAAACCCGCUUUUCACCCGGCUUAAAUUGGAGUUUUUACGGCUGGAAGGUUAUUUUCUUCCAAUUGACACAGACACUUUUCUGUUGGUUUAAUUGGGAUAGUUUUUUCUUGGAGAUUUAGGGGUUUUUCUUAGGGGGGUACAUAAAAUAAGGAAAUUUGGAAGGAAAGAAGUUGAUUUUGGCAUUGGAGCGUAAAUGUGGUCUAUGAAAAGACCGUUUGCUUUUACUCACGAAUUUUUUUGGAUUCUGCUCUUUUUUGAGCUACAUAUUGUCGUAGAAACUUUGAAAAAACUCGAAAAUUUGGAAAAGGCCUAGAAAACUUCAAAAAUGAACCCUGAAAGCUAGAAAAUCUUGUUAAGGCCUAGAGAGCUCCAAAAAAAAAUAUUGAAGGUCUUGAAAAUCUUAGGAAGCUCAAAUAAGACUUUGAAAGCUUAACAAGCUAGAAGACUCUUCAAAAAUUUCUCAGUAAGAUCGAAAAAAUCUCAAAAAUGCUAAAAAGUUUCAAAAAAUGAACAAUGAAAGCCAAGAAAGCCUUGUAAGGACUUUGAAAGUUAUCCGAAAAAAUUUCAAAAGUGCUGAAAAUUCCAAAAAUGAUACCUAGAAGCCAAGAAAGCCUUGUAAGGGUCUUGGAAGAUCUAAAAAAAAAAGCUUUGGAAGUCCUGAAAAGCCUGGGAAGCUCAAAAAAGGGCUUUGAACGAUUUACAAGCUAAGAAAAUUUUGCGAAAGGCCAAAAAAAAUCUCAGACGGGCUAGAAAAGCUUAGAAACCUUCUGAAGGAGGUCAAAAACGAAAAUUCCCGAGGAAAACGCCUAAAAUGUUUCAAAAUCGUGUCCUGAAAAGCCUCAAAUUUUCAAAAAAAUGCUCUGAAGGUCCUAAAUAGCCUAGGAAGCUCAAGGAUACUUCAAAAACUAGAAAAUUGGUCAGAAAUACCCAAAAGCUUCAAAAAGGGCCAGAAAAUGUCUCCAGCGAGUUCUAGAGGUCAAAAAAUUGCCCCGAAAAAGACUAGAAAGUCCCAAAAAAGUUUGAAAUCCCUAUAACCUCUUGCAUAGCCUAAAAUAACCUAGAAAGCUUCAAAAAGGUCUCAAAAUCCCAAAAAAAAAAAAGAAUCUCAAGACUUCAUAAUAUUCCUCCAAUUCCGAAUCAAAAAGACAUCUUCAAGUUCAAAAAAGCAGCGAUCGACAGGAAAAAAUAUAUGGAGUGUGCGAUCAAGUGGCCGCCGCUCUUUUUUGGCCCCUUUUCGGAAAUUUUCGAGUUUUCCUUCUGUCGUUUUUUCUUUCUUCCGAAGUCAUUUCGAAUCUUUAUGGAAAUAAAGGGACGAUGAAAUGAUUUUCAACAUAAAUUUGAGAAAAAUUGAUAUAAAAAUGGAUUUUUGAGGCUUCUUAGUUGCUUUUUUCGAAAUGAAACUUUAUUAUUUUUUUUUCAAGCUUGAUAGAUUUUUUAGUGACUUGAAUGGUCAUUUAGGCCACUAAGAGGGAUGAAUUUAAAUUUUCUGGUUUCCCGCCAAGCCGCAACGCGACCGCGACGCGUCAAGCCAUUCCAAAUGCGGUCAAUUUUUGGCGAAAUGAUCUUCAAAUUUGUUAGUAGUAAAGGACGACAAUUUUUAAAUUUUUUUUGAAUUUUUUUCCAACUGAUGAAAGCCGCAUUUGGAAUGGAUCAAAUCGAAAAUCUGCAUCCGACUUCAAAACGACUUACGCAGAAAUAUGCUAAAAAGCAAGCCAGAAAUUUCCGUUCUCCUUCGCGCAACGCAACCGCGACGCGUCUUGAACCAUUCCAAAUGCGUCCCGACAAAAAAAUUAAAACAAUGUUGAUUGCUCCACCUUUUGUGAUGCAUUUGAAGUGAUUAUUUGGGGGCAAAAACAACCAAAAAACUCUAUUUUUCUUCUUUCCUAUGAAGAUGGAACAGAGAAACCGCCCCGUGUGUUCUCAAGUGUAGGCAGAGGUUUCUUUCAAGUUUUGUUGUCAGUCGAAUCGUCGUAAAUAAUAAGUUUUCUCGGUUUGUUGUUAUGGAGAAGAAUAUUAAUGAUCGAGAGGGGUUUCCGGUGAGGAAAUUGGGAUUUUUUGAAUUUUUUCAAGGGUUUUUUUUUGAAGACUAAUAGUGAUUUGAAGAGGGAGAAAAGUAGGUUUUUUGAAAUUAUAUUUUUUUAGGGUUUUGUCGAAGGUCAGAACUUUCCGGUCAGAAAAAUAUAUUUUUUGGAGUUGAGGCUCAACUUUUUCUAAGGCUUUUUUGAAGACUUAAUGUGGUUUAGAGCGGUUUUCCGAUUUAAAAAGAAGUUUUCUCUGGAAAUAAAGCCCAAUUUUUUGAUUUUCCAACACAAUUUGUGAAAUUGACUUGAAAAUAAAUGAAAGAAAGCUGUCUAGAAUUGGAUUUUGAAAGGUUUCCAGCUUUUUUGUGGGAUAAAAUGUGUGAAUUUUUGAAAAAAAAAUUGAGGUUUUUUGGACCUUGAAGCUCAUUCACCCGGUUUAUUGAGGCUAGAAUAGAAUUUUGAAUGGUUAUCAGCUUUUUCUUUGAUGAAAAUUCAAAGAUUUUUGAAAUAAAUUGACUUUUUUAUUAUGUGAAGCUCAAUUUUUUAACUUUCCAAUACGAUUUGUUGCAUUAAAUUGAAUAGAAAUGAAAGAAAAUGAAAAUUUAUACUGUCUAGAAUAUUAUUUUGAAAAGUUAUCAGCUUUUUUGUGGCAAAAUGUGUGAAUUUCUGGAUCCAAUGGGCUUUUUUUCAGUGUUGAAGCUCUUUUUUUCACCCAGUUUUUAACAGUUUUUUUUUCAUAAAUGCCAAGAAAAUGGGAAAAAUGAAAGUUUAAUAGACUAAAAAUAGGUUUUUUGAAUGGCUAUAAGCUUUUUUUGUUUGAUGAAAAUUUGUUGAUUUUUUUGAAUAAAAAGUGGAAUUUUUUUGGUGUUUAAGCUCAUUUUCUUCCCUUUUUUUAGUCUUCAGAGCUACUAGGAAAAUAAAAAAAGUUGAAAUUCGGUUGAGAUUUUUUUGAUAAAAUUAGAAAUUUUUCCAGUUUUUUUAUGAGGGUUUCUAAGCUAUUUUAGAGUUUUUGGGGCUUUUUUCGAAUUUUUGAAGUUUUUCAAUACUUUCAUGGCUGAGCUUUUCAAUUUUUUUUGUAUCUUGAUUUUUUUUUUUUCAACUUUUCCACGCUUUUUAAGAGGUUUCCAAGCUUCCUGAAGUUCUUUUUUGGGUGAAAAAUUUUUUUUCCUACACUAACUUCACGAAUGAAUCCAAGAAAAAGAAAUAUUACCAAGUUUGACGAGCGAAUUAUUGUGUGAUGGUUGUGAAACCAACACAAGAAGAAGAAGAAAAACUGGUUUCUACGAUCCGAUUUGUUGGGAUUUGUUGGGAUUUAUUGGCGGAAAUGACAGGAGAAUUGUAUUCCUAGAAGAUUCUUAGGACAAUAAAGAGAAAAAAAAAGGGAAAUUUUCCUCCUUUCAACCUUGAAAAAAGCCCUUGUGUGACCUUUGGACUGUUUCCCGUUCUUUCAAGAGGUUUCUUUGAAGCUUCUCCUCGGGGGCUUUCGAAAUGUUACAAGUAUCUUUAUAUGAAAGUUCAAGUUCGACGCCUUUUUUUGAGGGUUCCUUGUGGAAGGUUGAAUGGGAAAAAUGGUUCAAGGAAACGAUUUUUCGAACUUUUGAGGGACUUUUUUUUUGAGAAUGAAACUUGAAACUACGGCAACGUCUUCAUAUGGAAAAAUUUGAACAAAAUGGGAAAACUUUAAUUUUUUUCUGCAAUUUUUUCGACCAGCGUUCAAAUUUCUGAGACGAGCUAGGAAAAUUUAUAGUGACCUCUUUAGGGUUUUUCGACAUUUUAGUGGCCACUAUAGUGGUGCAAUUAGUGGCUAAAUGUUAUUGGUCUCCUUAGAAGUCAAGUGGUUCUACUGGACCAUUGAAAACUACUAUGGUGGUCACUAAUGCUUCCAUUAAGGUUUUCUUAGUGGCCCCUUUAGUGUCCUCUCCAAGUAGUCCUUGAGGAGCCUCUUAAGUAACCACUGGAGAUUUUCCCAGUAGGCUGUACCGAAUUUUGGCUAGAAUCUCAACUUUUUCCCUCAAAAGGCUUUUUUGAGGUGCAACCGACUCGAAACGACUUGCGCGCUAAGGCAUUUGUUUGAUUGUCAAAUCCGUUUCGACCGCGACCUUUUAGACAUUCCAAAUGCGACCACAGGGUUUUAAACCAUAUUAUUUUGAAAGUGGAGAAUUUAUAAUAUUUUUCUCGAUCUUUACUACACUCUGAUACUAAUCAGGAGAAAAAUAAGGCAUUGAAAUUUGAGACUCUAAAAAAAAUUAAUUAAAAAAAUUGGACUUCACUGAAUUUAGACUAGAAUCUUAAUUUUUUUCACUCAGAAGGCUUGCCGUGGUAGUAUCUAGAGCCGCAUUUUCGAGGUGCAGCCGACCUGAAACGACUUGCGCGCGCUGGAAUUUUUGUUGUGUUUAAAAUCGACUGUAGCGACGGUUUUAGCCAUUCCAAAUGCGACCACAGGGUUUCAAACCAUAUUAUUUUGAAAUUGAAAAAUUAUUUCUCGAUCUUUACUACACAUUAUAAUAUUUCUCGAUCUUUGCUACACUCUGAUCUUAAACAGGAAGGAAAAAUUAGCCCUUGAAAUUUGAGACUUUAUAAAGUUCAGUAGAUAUCGGACUUUCUGAGAACUGGAAAAAUUCGAUCAGUCAGCUGAAGAUUUUAAGAUUUUUUCGUUGAUUCCCAAAAAAUUCGAUUAAUUGAACUCGGGUUCAAUUCAAAAAGGCGUUUGAAAACGCCUAAAUAAACUGGAAAGUGGCCUCUUGGAACUGCAGAAAAGGCGAUUUUAUGAGGCAUGCCGUCGUUUUCCCACAACAACCAUGCGUAAACGUGUAUCAUGUUUUGUCUCGGAACGAACGGAAGCCGAAAUUGCAAAAAUCCACUUUCCCCUCUUACAAGCUUCUUUCGAAGAAAUGUUGCAAUUUGUUUUUUUGGUUGGAGAAGGGAUCGAAAAAAUGACCGCUCCUUCUCAUAAUUUUCUCGUCUGUGCGAGAGAUCAGGUUUACUUGAAGAGACGCCAGAGAAGCUAGAGUUUCUCUUUCUCUGGCGUCUCUACUAUGAAUUCUGCUACCUCAAUCAUUUUCCUUAUAUAGUAGAGUUCUCAAAACCGAACGUUCAAAAAAUGACCGUUUGAAAAAAAUGAACUUUUUCAUUUUUCGAUAGUUUAGGAUAUAUCAUUUUUCAAACGUUCAACCAAAAAGUUCGAAAAAUCGUUUUUCUUAUAAUAAUGAACGUUUGCUUUUUCACAUAAAAAAACGGACGUUCGUUUUUUUGAACGAACUGUUUUGAAAUGGAAAAAUGAACGUUCACUUUUUGAACGAACUUUUCACGAGCGAAAAAAAUGAACGUUCAUUUUUUUAAACGAACUUUUUGAAAUGAAAAAAAUGAACGUUCAUUUUUUUGAACGAACUUUUUGGAAAAUGAAAAAUGAACGUUCAUUUUUUUGAACGAACUUUUUGAAAAUGAAAAAAAUGAACGUUCAUUUUUUUGAACGAACUUUUUGAAAAAUGAAAAAUGAACGUUCAUUUUUUUGAACGAACUUUUUGAAAAUGAAAAAAAUGAACGUUCAUUUUUUUGAACGAACUUUUUGAAAAUGAAAAAAAUGAACGUUCAUUUUUUUAAACGAACUUUUUUGGAAAUGAAAAAAAUGAACGUUCAUUUUUUUAAACGAACUUUUUGGAAAUGAAAAAAAUGAACGUUCAUUUUUUUGAACGAACUUUUUGGAAAUGAAAAAAAUGAACGUUCAUUUUUUUGAACGAACUUUUUGAAAAUGAAAAAAAUGAACGUUCAUUUUUUUGAACGAACUUUUUGAAAAAUGAAAAAUGAACGUUCAUUUUUUUGAACGAACUUUUUGAAAAUGAAAAAAAUGAACGUUCAUUUUUUUGAACGAACUUUUUGAAAAUGAAAAAAAUGAACGUUCAUUUUUUUAAACGAACUUUUUGAAAAUGAAAAAAAUGAACGUUCAUUUUUUUGAACGAACUUUUUGGAAAAUGAAAAAAAUGAACGUUCAUUUUUUUGAACGAACUUUUUGAAAAAUGAAAAAAAUGAACGUUCAUUUUUUUGAACGAACUUUUUUUACGAACGGAAAAAUGAACGUUCAUUUUGGUUGAACGUUCAAAAGCAAACUUGAACCAAAAAGUUUGGUUUCAACAUUUGUUCGAAAAUGUUUGGUCGAACGUUCGUUCGAACGUUUGGUUUUGAGAACUCUAUUAUAUAGCUCAAAGCGCAAAACAUUCUGACUUCUCUGUGCUCUCUCUUUUCUACGUAGUGUUUUCAAGUUUCUAUGACUUUUCGGGAGUGGGAAAGAAAGCGCAGACAGGCCAGGCUUCUCCAAGAGAGAUCACGGUCGGCUUGAAGAGACACCAGAGAAGCUAGAGUUUCUCUUUCUCUGGCGUCUCUUAUGUGAGCAUGCUGUUUCUCAUGUAGGAUUGUUAUCAGAAAUAUUUAGCUCAUAACCUGAAAAGUCUGACUUCUCUGUGCUCACCAGUGUUUAUGUGCUUUCUCAAAAACUCUCUGACCUACCGGUGAGGGAAAAGAGGGAACAGACAGGUCAGACUCUUUCCAAGCAAAGAAUGGGAUAUAACUUGAAAGGCAGUUUAAUUUUGUCAAGGAGCAAGUCAGAGAGAUCACGGUCGACUUGAAGAGACGCCAGAGAAGCUAGAGUUUCUUUUUCUCUGACGUCUCUCCUGUGAAGUGUGCUAUUUCACACGCAGGACCGAAGUAUUGAGCUCACAACUUGAAAAUUCUGGCUUCUCUGUUCUCUCUCGUGUUUAUGUGCUUUCUCAAAACUUAUAUGACCUACCGAUGAGAGAAAAGAGGGCACAGACAUGCCAGAAAAUUGGAUAUAGCUUGAGAAAAUUUUCAUGAACCGAGUCAGAGAGGUCACGGUCGGCUUGAAGAGACGCCAGAAAAGCUAGAGUUUCUCUUUCUCUGGUGUCUCUUAUGUGAGUAUGCUGUUUCACAUGUAGGAUUGUUAUGAGAAAUAUUUAGCUCAUAACUUGAAAAGUCUGACUUCUCUGUGCUCUCUCGUGUUUACAUGCUUUCUAAAAAUUUCUAUGGUUUUUCUGGUGAGAGAGAAGAGGGCACAGACAGGCCAGAAAAAUUGGAUAUAGCUCGAGAAAAUUUUCAUGAAACUAGUCAGAGAGAUCACGGUCGGCUUGAAGAGACGCCAGUGAAGAUAUAUUCUCUCUUUCUCUGACGUCUCUUCAAGAAAAGUCGCCCUCUCAACAUGACCAAACAGCUUAAACGAGAGAACGAGAACAAAUAAUUGAAAUAGUAAUCUUUCAGCGACUCCGCCCACUCCAACCAUUGCUCAUAUUACAACAGCAACGUCGACGCAAGCUACGACUUUGCCUGGAUCGACGGCGGCUCCAGUCACGGCUCCGGCCUCGACUCUUGCUCCGCGAGCCCGAGCCGACAUCAAGCCGGUGACGUCAUGCGAGCAAGUCGUCCCCUUCAUCAACCAGGCUGCUGAGGUGUGGAAAAAAAAAUUUGAGAAAAUUGAGCCGCGAUAAUUACAUAAUGAGAAAGUGUUAAGGCGCUCCAUGGCUAAAGUGUUCAAAUUAAAUUUUGAUUUUUCUCUGCUUUUUGAGUUAUCGGAGAAGCUGGAAAGAGUUGCAAGUCAGAAUUAGACCAAGAACAAAGUUAGGAACGAACAAGAGCUUUUGCGCUCCAUGGCUAAAUUUUCAAUUUCACUUUCAGAGUUACGUAGCUCAAAAAUGAGGGAAACUACAAAAAUUGAGCCACAGAAGUCAGACUUUAGAAUCAAGCUUUUGCGCUCCAAGGCUAAAUUUUGAGAAGUUAUGGUCAUUUUUUUCCAAUGCGAUGUAUAAGCCGCGAAUAUUGAGCACUUGCGCUCCAAGGAUAAAUUUUAAGAAGUUAGGGUAUUUUUCAUCGAUCAAGUGUUUGAGCCGCAAAUAUUAGGCUUUAGAAUCAAAAGCUUUUGCACUCCAGGGCUAAAUUUUAAGAACUCGAGAUUCAUUCUUUUUUUACUGCGAAGUUUAAGCCGCAAAUAUUUAGCUGUUGCGCUCCAAGGCUGAAUUUCAAGAAAUCAUUAUUUUUUUUCUUGAUUGCAAAGUUUGAGCUCCAAUUAUUAGACUUUCCAACCAAGUUUUUACGCUCUCAAGCUUCAUUCUGAAAAAUUGCACAGGGAAGUUUGAGCCGCGAUAAAAUGAAUCAAACGCGCGUCAUGGAUAAAAUAUUUUUUUCAUAAACUUUCGGGGAUUUUUCCUUCUUCAAGCAAGGAUUUUUGAGGUGAUGGCCGUCUCGAAGUUGGUCAACCCAGUGGAGGACAACUUUGGCCGAAACACCUUGUCCCUUGAUGACGUCACGAGAAGCGUCAGCUCCGGAUGCGUUAUUCAGGUGAUUUCAAAACGGCCAGAAAAAAGGAGGCUAUGAAUAACAAUAUUUUUUCAGUUAUCCCAAGACGGCGUCGAUUGCAACAAGAACCUCUGUUACCAUUUGAUGUACCGAUCGUUCGACGGGACUUGUAAUAAUCUGGAGAAACCGAUGCAGGGCGCCGCGUUCCGACAGUUUAUCAGGUUGGUUUGGAAGUACACUUAGGGACGCCAGAGUGGUCCCUAGAGGGGCAACCUUAUGGGCUCUUGAAGAGUCUCUAAAGGGGGCUUGCAAGCCGACCCUAUACCUUUUUUUUAAUGCUCCGAAUCAUAUCAAAAGACCGAAAUAGGGACCAACUAACAAGGGAUCUAGAAAAUUGGCUAGACCACGUCUUGAUGUACCAAAAGGUCCUAGAACUCUGAACCUGCAUAACUUCCCAGUUUUCGAGAAGUAAGGACCCAAAGCCUUAAAAGGGCCUGAGGGGGAAUUCUAGUACAUCAAUGAGUAGUACAUCAAUGAGUGCUCUGGGCAAUUUUUAGGGAUUUACCUUCCUUGUAGGCUUUAGUAGCUUAGUGAUAAGAUCCUAGACCACUAUAGGGGCCGUCUAAAUUUAGCCCUAUAGGGAGCACUAUUUUGCCCCGUAUAUGGGGGGCUUCCUAACCUCUCUAGGGAUCACUCGCAUUUUUUUAAAAUUAAUUCUUUGAUAUUGAAAAAUUAUAUGAUUUGUCCAAAUUUUCAGACACUUCCCAUCGGAAUACGAUGACGGAAAGGGAGAGCCGAUUUGUGAGUUUUUUUUUCUGCUUAUCGAAGUUUAGAGUGUAUUUUUUGGUGAAUUUGUUCAUUUGUUCUUUUCCCUGUGUUUUUUUCAUUUUGGAUUUUCUCUUUCUUUAGCUUCUCUCAAAGAAACGAGGCCGCCAGCUCGUGAGGCCAACCGCGUGAUGCUCUCCUCCGCACAGUCCGUCGUUCAUGAUAAGGUGUGAUAAAUUAGGUUAACCUGAGCAAUUUUGAGAAAUAAAGGCGGCAGUUUAGAGCGAGAAGCCUGAGAAAAUGUCUUUAAAAAUUUAAAAAAAUUUCAAAGCUAUUUCUCAUAGUAAGAGGUCAUUGAAUGGUCUCGCAACGAAAGUUACUGUAUUUUUUUGGUUUUUAAAAGAUCAAAUCGGAGCUUAUACUGUAAUCAUUACGAUACCGUAACUCAAAAAAGAAAAAAAAAACCUUAAAACUCAUAACUUUAGAGGCUAUAAUAAUACAUGAGAAAAUCCGAGAACAGUUAUGGGUACAAUAAAACGAAGGGCUCGUCUUGCAUUUUUUUUUUCUAAAAGAUCGCAGCCUAAUUCAAAAAAGGUUUCCGCUAUUUAUCUUUUUAGUAUAUCAUGUGUUUAACUUCCCAAGUGCUCCUAAUUCUAUUGUCAUUCAUUUUUCUGAUGGAAAAUGAGAUUGAAGUUUUUUCAAUAUUUCCGUCGUAUCAAAGGCGCAUGCAUAGAGACUGGUCUUGAGCAUCAAAAUGAAGCUUCCCGGCAAAAUAUUCUGAAACAUCCGUCAUAUUAAAGGCGCAUACACAGCAACAGGUCUCGCGCAUCGAAAGGGAGGUUUCCCGGAAGGAUAUUCUAAGAUUUCAGUCAUUUUAAAGGCGCAUACAUAGAGACAGGCCGCAAACAUCAAAAUUAAGCUUCCCGGCAGAUUAGUCUGAAAUAUCCGUCAUAUUAAAGGCUCAUGUGAAAAGACAUUCCGUGCGCAUCGUAGGGAAAGGUUCUGUAGCUCUGGGAAAAAAAAAUUGUUAAUAACUCUAUCAAAAAUGCUUCAACUUUGUAUUUAUUCAAGUUAAACACGAAAAUCCUUGCAGUUCAACAACAUGAUGAUGCAGUGGGGACAGUUCAUGUCCCACGACAUGGCCAAAACGACCCUCCAGCCGUCGGCUCAGUGCAAGACUUGCGAUCCGAUCCCGUCCAAGUGCAUGGCCAUCCCAAUCAACGACAAGGAUCCCAAUGCUCAGUUCGUUUUUUUUUGGGAAGAAAAUUUGAAUUCUCUCUUCUCUAGAACAGGUAUCGAUAGGAAAUGCUCAUUUCUAACCGGUCAAUUUAACUUGGGAACAUCAGAGUGGUCUCUAGAGGGGUUAGGGAAAAAAAAAACAGCCCCUAGUGCUCCCUAGAGGGUUGGAGCUAACGUAGUCUCUAGAGGGAUUUAGGGUCUGCAGCUUAAGUAGUAUAGGGGUUUAGGGUUCGAAUUGUAAGCCCCAGAAGCUUUAGUGGUUCCUAUAGAGAUUUGUGAUCGGAUUUGUAAGCUCCUGGAGCUUUAGUCUGACUUAUAAGCCCCGGAAGCUUAAGUGGUCCCUAUAGGGGUUUAAGGUCUGACUUGUGAGCCUCAGAAGCUUAAGUGGUCUUUUUAGGGGUUUCAGGUCUGACUUAUAAGCCCCUGGAACUCAAGUGGUCCCUAUAGGGGUUUAUGUUCUGGCUUGUGAGCCCUUGAAUCUCAAUUGGUCCACAUAGGGAUUUAUGAUCGGAUUUGUAAGCCCCUGAAGCUUAAGUGGUUCCUAUAGUCGUUUAGGGUCUUAUUUGUAAGCUCCUGAAGCUUAAGUGGUUCCUAUAGGCGUUUAAGGUCUUAUUUGUAAGCCCCUGAAGCUUAAGUGGUCCUUAUAGGCGUUUAAGGUCUUAUUUGUAAGCCCCUGAAGCUUAAGUGGUCCUUAUAGGGGUUUAAGGUCUGAUUUAUAAGCCCCUGAAGCUUAAGUGGUUCCUAUAGGGAUUUAUGAUCGGAUUUGUAAGCCCCUGAAGCUUGGAUGGCCCUUAUAGGGGUCUAAGGUCUGACUUGUGAACCUCAGAAGCUUAAGAGGCCCCUAUAGGGUUUAGGGUCUUACUUGAAUGCCCCUGAAGCUUAAGUGGUCCCUAUAGGGGUUUAAAGUCUGAUUUAUAAGCCCCUGAAGCUUAAGUAGUCCCUAUAAGGAUUGAAGAUCUGAUUUAUAAGUCCCUGGAACUCAAGUGGUCCCUAUAGGGGUUUAUGUUCUGGCUUGUGAGCCCUUGAAUCUCAAUUGGUCCACAUAGGGAUUUAUGAUCGGAUUUGUAAGCUUCUGAAGCUUAAGUGGUUCCUAUAGUCGUUUAGGGUCUUAUUUGUAAGCUCCUGAAGCUUAAGUGGUUCCUAUAGGCGUUUAAGGUCUUAUUUGUAAGCCCCUGAAGCUUAAGUGGUUCCUAUAGGGGCUUAGGGUAUAGCUUAUGAGCCUCUGAAGCUUAAGAAGCCCCUAUAGGGGUUUAAGGUCUGACUUGUAAGCCCCUGAAGCUUAAAAUGCUAGUUCAUUAAAUUUUUUCGGGUGGAAAUGCUUCUUCUCAUAGAGUUCAUAACAAUAAAUAACUAGCAUGUCCCCUUUAGUGGCCACUUCUUGCAAGCUUCAAGGUCCCUAUAGGAGGAGGUGAAGUGGUCCCUAGAGGGGAACCUUCAAGUGCCCUUAUGUUUGCCUCUCCACUCCGGUGUUCCUAAGAAGGGAAGUACAAAAAGACAUAGCCUGAGAAUUAGAUGAGACCUAGCUCAGAUGAACUUCCAGGUCCCUUGAUUUUAGAAAAAGUGAAAAAUUCACCGAAUUUUGGUUUUUUAAGGAUAUAUUACUUUCUUGAAAAGCGUUGUUCAGAUUCAAGUCGAAACAAUGCCUGAAAGUGUCCCGGUCGGCCCCGAUCUGCCAAGUCGAGCCCCGGGAACAGCUCAACGAAAACACGGCCUACAUCGACGCCUCGAUGAUCUACGGAAGUUCGCCGAAAGAUCUGCACAAGUUCCGGGAAGGACGAACUGGACUCCUGAAACUGACCCGGUUCAAUGAUCAGGUACUGGGAUAUAUUAACUCAUUAAGGAAUUUUUUUUUGGUCCCCGGUUGAAAUUUUGAUGGGACUUCUCUGGAGUGUACUUCAAUACCUCCUGAUCCCAGAUAAAGUGAAAGUUUUUUUGAACCGCGGGUCCCUAGUCAGCCUCAAGAUAUUCUUGGUUCGUCUAGAAAAUCAACUAGAUUAGGAUCCCUGAAGAUCUCCAUUAAAGGCAUAUAUGAAGUAAUAAACGAGAAAGUACCACUUUCAAGAGCUUUAUAGGGCUAGGAACAACUUAAAAUUGUAAAAAACGUGGAAAAACUGAAAAUUGUCCAUAGAGCAACUUUACUGCAGAAUGCUGCGCUUCUGGCGGAGAUUUGAACUUUCUCUACUCUGAAUUAUUUGGGUGAACCUUGAAGAUGAUCAAUUUUGAGUUGCUUCCUGGAAGUUUUGUUAUUUUGCAAUCGACGUUAUUUUUGGGCAUCUUACGCUUUUGAAACCGCCUAGAUUCAUCUCGAGCAUUUAUUUACGCUAAAGCCCUCUCUGUGCCCAAAAACUGCCCUGGGUGAGCCCUUAAGAAGUCCCAUUUUGAGUUGCUUCCCAGAAGUUCUGAGGCAAAGGGCGUAAUUUUUGGGUCAUUUCGCACCUUUAAAACCUCCUAAAUUCAGCUCAGGCAUUUUUUCACGCUGAAGCCCUCUCUGUGCCCGAAAACUGCCCUGGGUAAACCUUGAAAACUCCCACAUUGAGUUGAGAUCGUUUCCUGAGAGUUUGGAGGCGUAGAGCGUCAUUUUUGGCUCAUUUCGUGCCUUUAAAACCGCUUAGGUUUAGCUCAACCAUUUAUUUACGUUAAAGCCCUCUCUGUGCCCGAAAACUGCCCUAGGUGAACCCUUAAAAAGUCGCAUAUUGAGUUCAGAAAUAUUUUGAGGCGAAAGGGGGGCUUUUUUGGACGAUUUUGCUCAUUCAAGUACUCCAGUAAUGAUUUUUUUCAAACUCUUGGACUAAAACUAUGAUUUUUCAGAUUUAAUAUUUAUAAAUAUUAUUAUUGAAUCUUGAAGAUCGUCCUGCCAUUCGACCAGGCCAAGUGUGUGAACAAGGAAAAGUGCACGGCUUCCUUCACGGCCGGCGACAUCCGAGCAAAUCUCUUCAUCGGCCUCUCUUCCCUUCAUAUUCUCUUCGCCAGGGAACAUAAUAGGUAAGAAAUACCUGAGAAAAAUGACCAGAAAGUCGAGAGAAAAAGCAGAGAAAUGAGCUGUCCAAGGUCAUUUUACUUUGUGGUUGGGGAUUUUCUGAAACUUGGCCAGAACACUUCUUGAUGUACCAGAUGAAGAUCCUGAAAGUCUCAACCUACACACUUUCCCAGUUUUCGAAAAGGAAACCUCAAAAUUUGGGAGCUUGGAGCCCUUAUUUCUCGAAAAUUGGGAAGUUGGGCAGGUUGGGAUUUUCAGAAUCCUCAUCUGGUACAUCAAGGAGUGUUCUGGCCGGUAACUAAAACUAACCAAAAAAAAAAUGACCUUCUGAUAAGGCAAGUGUAAGGCUUCUUACAAGCGGGUAAAUUUAUAAAAAUUUGUGGAAAUAAGGUAGAAAACUGAGCUCCGACCCUAGGAAGGUAGUUUUGACAUUAAAAAAAAAGCAGGUUUAAGCAUCAGGAGGUAGCUCUGACUUUAGUUUAGGAAAACUUAGGAGAAGGCGAUGUUCGAAAAAGGUCUGUCCAUUUAUGUCUCUAAGGAUUUGUUCGGGAACGAAUUUAAGAUUUUUCAUGAUUCCCAUCAACCUUUUUCCUCAAACUUUGAUAGCAAAGACUAAAGAAAGAUCUGAAGAAAAAUAGCCUAAGAAUCGAAAUCUUUGAAGCCCCAUACAGAAUUCGUAAGCUUACCAAAGCAAGCUCGAGAUAAUGAAUAAAGAUAAGGUCAAAAAACGAAACCAACUAGUGAACUGAUAAGAUUUUGAAGAUGUAAAAACAGAAGAAGCUGAAAAUUAAAAUUCCCGAAGCCUAAUAUAGAGCUUAUAACUUUUUUUUUUAUCAAUAUUAAAGAUUGAAAAUGUUGGAAAACUCUUAAUUCAAGUGGUUUGAAAAGUUUUUCUUUUCCAGAAUUGCCCAGAAGAUGAUGGACAUGAACUCGGCAUGGAGCGGUGACCGAGUUUUCCAAGAAACCCGAAAAAUCGUCGGCGCAGUCGUUCAGAACAUCCUCUACAAGGUAUGAAGUACCUCUGUGAAACUUUGAAAUUAGUCUGAAAUUUUUUGAAAUCCCAUGACUUUUCAGUUCUCUUAAACAGGUAAAGGUCCUGAAAACUUUAACCUUCGAUACUUCUUAACUUUUGUGAAGUAAGGCCUCUGACCUUUGUUAACGCAAACCGGAGGUUUCUGAGCAUUUCUAGGGACCACUUUAGCGGGGUCAGCAUCCUUGAGUGGUCCCUAGGAUUGAUCAGGAAGGUAUUCAGUUGUUACCGAGGUCCGAGAUUUUCUUGUUUUUUUUUUUUGGAACUUGAAGGGUUUUUAAAGAAUUUUCGUAGAUUGAGAUCAUUCGAUAUGAUAAAAUUCGCCAUUCUGCUCGGCUGAAAAAAUUGAAGAAAUUUUCUCUGAGAAGUUGAAGAAAUGAAAAAUAAAGGUAUUUUUCAGGAGUACCUCCCCAAAUUGCUCGGCGUCUCUUUGGAGAAGAUCGUUGGGUCUUACAAGGGAUACGAUAAAAAUGUGAGUUUCGAAAGAAGAGGAUAAAAAGAACAAGCCGGGUGAAUACCUCGAAUAUCCUAUCCUUUUCUAGACUUUAACCAUUUUAUUCAUAAGUUCCAAUCGUUACAACCUCUCUUCUGAAAAAUCUCAUACCUUUCUAGAAGGUUCCAAAUUGCUCCAGAGGGUUCUAUCAUUUUUGAAAGCCCCUGAACACCAUUUUUUGUUUCCAGAGUCCAUCAUAUUCCCAACCUCAUAUACUCUCUAGACACUACCUUUUUCCUGGAAUACUCCAAAAUUUUCCGGAUCUCUAAUCUUUGAUAUCAAGUAUAAUAAUCGUAUUCAUGAUCAUAGAUUUAUUCACCCCUUAAGAUAGUAGAAUAACCAGUAAUUAAUCCACCAUAUACUCUGGCCCAAAGUUGGACGAGAAUUUGAGCGAUCGGGAAGGAAUUGAUUAUUACAUAGCAAUCAUUGGGAGGUCAUCAACCUUGACCCGUGGAGAAAAAGAAAAAAACCAUAUAUUUUUGUUCGAAAAAGAUAGGAUUCUUCUUUGCCCCUUUGUACUAGAGUUCUCAAAACCGAACGUUCAAAAAAUGACCGUUUGAAAAAAAUGAACUUUUUCAUUUUUCGAUAGUUUAGGAUAUAUCAUUUUCAAACGUUCAACCAAAAAGUUCGAAAAUCGUUUUUCUUAUAAUAAUGAACGUUUGCUUUUCACAUAAAAAAACGGACGUUCGUUUUUUGAACGAACUUUUUUGAAAUGAAAAAUGAACGUUCAUUUUUUUGAACGAACUUUUUGAAAAUGGAAAAAUGAACGUUCAUUUUUUUAAACGAACUUUUUGGAAAUGAAAAAAAUGAACGUUCAUUUUUUUGAACGAACUUUUUGAAAAUGGAAAAAUGAACGUUCAUUUUUUUGAAACGAACUUUUUGAAAAUGAAAAAAAUGAACGUUCAUUUUUUUGAACGAACUUUUUGAAAAUGGAAAAAUGAACGUUCAUUUUUUGAACGAACUUUUUGAAAAUGAAAAAUGAACGUUCAUUUUUUGAACGAACUUUUUGGAAAUGAAAAAUGAACGUUCAUUUUUUGAACGAACUUUUUGAAAAUGAAAAAUGAACGUUCAUUUUUUGAACGAACUUUUUGAAAAUGAAAAAUGAACGUUCAUUUUUUGAACGAACUUUUUUACGAACGGAAAAUGAACGUUCAUUUUGGUUGAACGUUCAAAAGCAAACUUGAACCAAAAGUUUGGUUUCAACAUUUGUUCGAAAAUGUUUGGUCGAACGUUCGUUCGAACGUUUGGUUUUGAGAACUCUACUUUGUACCCCUUGAGACGGCCCAAGCCGAUUAGUCGAGGUCCUAACCUGAUGUCAGUGAUAACCAGGCUCUAUUGACAUAUCCUGGAGACUUUGAAGUCGUGGUUUCCCACUACCAACAUUUCUUAAACCCCUUGGUUGGGUCGAGGCGGGGGAUCGAUCUUGUGACCCUAUGGACCGUAGAAAGGCACACAACCCGUUGCGCUACAGCACGCCCCAAAUGUUAGAUUGACCAAUACAUUUUUUAGGAGCUUGGAGUGGGAGCUGAACUGAAAUUCGGAAGAGAGUUCGUUCCAAAUAAAAAUAGUGUUAAUGAAAAAUCAUUGCAAGAGUAACCCCUUGAUUAUGUCGUGACGGGGAUCGAACUUGUGACCCUUUGAACCGUAGGCAGGAACACAACCUGUUGCGCCACCCGCUCUUUGAAUCUUUCUGAAAAGAUGAAAUUCAGGUGGAUGCGACGAUUGCCAAUGAAUUCACGACCUCGGCCUUCCGUUUCGGUCAUGGAAUGAUUGAGGUAAGAAGAAAAAAUUAGAAAAAAGUUAUUUCGCAGAAAAAACGUACAACUCACAAAGAAGGUCAUUCAACUUUGCAGUUGGGAACUUAAUUAAAAUUACCAAGACAACUUCCUGAUAAACCAGAUAAAGAUUCUGAAAGCGUUUAAGUUAUGUAGGCUAUGUAGUCGUUAAGGCUCUCAGAAACUUAUCAAGAAGUUUUUUGGCAUUUAGCCAGUAAAAUUCAAAACGUAAAGUAAGAUUAACUUUCUUGUUAGAAGCUGAUUGCUCUGAAAUAGAUUUAUAGAAAAAAAAACAUGAUUAGUUUUCAAGUUUAGGAUCAUUUAAAAGAAGUGUAGAAACUCAAGAAUUCCAUCAAUUUUUUCAAGGAGUUCUACAAACGAGUCGACUUCUCCGGUGGCAACAUCACGGACGGCGGGUUCUCCUUCGGAGAUGGAGUCUUCAAAUCUGGAAAAAUCCUCUUUGAAGGUAGUUUUCAAGGAAUUUUGCAAUGAUAGUGGAGUUUAUGCGCUCUAUCGAUAAGUUAUGAACAAUAACAAUUCAAUUUAUGGAAGAUUUUUCGAAAUCCCUUGAUGAAAUUGAGGUCUAAUAAGCAUAAGGGGAUUGUAAAAAACGAAUGAGAAAAAAGAGCCUAGUUUGAGUUGAGGCUUAUGCGCUCCAUGGCUAAAUCACUAUCAAGACUGGUUUUUAGAUUUUUUCUUUGGAAAUGAUACUUCUCGUCACAGCUUCUAGGACCUUGGUAACGAAAAACCGACGCGCCCGGACGUUUUUGAGCAAUUCUAGGGAUCACUUAAGAGUGCUGACUCUACUAAAGUGGUCACUAGAAGUGUUCCGAAACAUCAGAAGGUCCGAAUCAAAAAUUAUUUUGAAGAUCGCUUGAGAAUGAAUAGCCUUAUCCGCUUAGUUUUGUGCGCUCCACGGCUAAUUUAAUGCGAAAAACAGAUUUUAGAAUUUCUCUUUGUUUUUAGUGAAUGAAGAACUUUCAUAGGCCCGGCUGAUUUUUUUCUCUUGAUUCCAUACUGAUAACGAUAAAAAAUUCGCAAAUUUCCAGAAAAGAAUAUGAAAAAGGUGCUUGACGAGCAAAUUAUCACUAUACUCCCGUGUAUUGUUGCCUAAAUUUCCUUCUGACCAGGUGGAAUCGACCCGAUUCUUCGUGGAUUCAUGGCCACAGCCGUUAAACGUCCACACCGGAUGACGCCGGCGAUCACCGAGAAAAUGUUCGGAAGGUAAUCAUCAACAUUCUAUUUCUUGAUUUUCAAAAAAAAAAGGGCCCUGAACUGUCUUACGUACCUGCUACGUGGAUAAGGCUUGCAAAUCAGAAAACCAGAUUAUGCAUCUCAAAAUGGAUCGAGGGUAUCUAAUAAUACUGUGCAAAACUUUAAUGGUCACAUAAGAAGUUCUUAAAGAGGACACUAAAGUGGCCACUGAAACCAGCCUUAUAGAAGCCACUAUUUUACGUCUUAGUGGUCAAUACUGUAGUUUUUAGUGGCCCGUUUAGACUUCUAAACAGGGCCAUUCUAGUGGUCACUUAUUCGACCACUAUAGAGGCCGCUUGAACGUCAAAUCCCUAAAGUGGUCACUAAUAAACUUCCGGUAUACAUUUCAAACCAAACCAGAGGGUAAAGGUAUACCUCAAGGGCAACGAAUUUCGCGUAGGUAUACCUGUGGUACCAUCGUGAUACCUUUGGAUACCUUUGCUCGCUCAUACUUCAUGCGCUUUUCCAUGUUAAAAUUGAAGAAAUCGAUAAUUACUCCAUUAAUGGAUACCUUUCCAGCACUGACCUCGGAUCCCUGAACAUCCAGAGAGGCCGCGACCACGGUAUCCCGCCCUACAACAAGAUGCGAACGUUCUGCGGCCUGAAACGGGCCGAGGACUUUGAAGACUUCGGCGACAUGAUCCUCGACAAGAACCUCAGGAUCGGACUCUCCAAGAACUACAACACGACAGGUUUUUUCGGGAAAAGUGGUCACUGAAGGGUUGAGAAUGAUUAUACUCUCCUCAUAAUGCCUAGAACUUCCUGGAUGUUCCGAAUCCUUUUCGGGAUUUUUUAAGGAAUCAUUAAAGAGCCGCUGAAACUUCUUAAGUGGUCACUGAAGGGUUGAGAACUUUUGAAAUGAUUGUAUUCUGAUCAGGAUGCCGCUUAGAGUUUUCUGCGAGUUUCAGAUUGCUUCAAAAUUUUCAAGGGAUCAUUGAAGGGCCGCUAAAAUUUCUGAAGUGGUCACUUAAAGUGUUACUACAACCAGUGGCUCCUGAAGAGUUGAGAGUUUCUUCUCAGGAUGCCAAGGACCUUCUGAAAGUUCUAAAAUUUUUUGAGGAAGGGACGCGAAACUUUUCAAGUGGUCACUGAAGGGCUUUAAAAAAAUAUAUAUUCUUCUCAUGAUGCUUAGGACCUUCGGAAUGUUCCAGAUUGCUCCUGAGUUCUCAAUGGGUGGUUGAAGCGCCACUACAACCACUGAAGUGACCCCUGAAGGGUUGAGAGCUUCAGCUCAGGAUGCCUAGAACCUUCUGGAAGUCCCAAACCUUUUUUAAGAAUUUUCAAGGGGCUAUUAGAGGGCCACUAAAACCACUGAAGUGACCCCUGAAGAGUUGAGAGUUUCUGCUCAUAAUGCCUAGGACCUUCUGGAAAUUCCAAAUUCUUUUACGGGUUUUCAAGGGGUCAUUAUAGAGCCAUUACAACUUCUGAAGUGAUCCCUGAAGGAUUAAGAGUUUCUGCGCAUGGUGCCUAGACCUUCUGGAAGUCAUAAGAUUUUUCUGGGAAUUUCAAGGGGACAUCAGAGGGCCACUACAACCUCUGAAGUGACCCCUGAAGUGUUGAGAGUACUACGACCUCUGAAGUGACCCCUGAAGGGUUGAGAGUUUCUGCUCAUGAUGCCUAGGACCUUCUGGAAGUUCCAAAUUUUUUGCUGAAUUUUCAAGGUGUCCUUAAAGGGACGCGAAUCUUUUCAAGUGUUCAAGUGGUCACUGAAGGGCUCUCAAAAUAAUUAGAUUUUGCUCUUGUCCACAAAUGUCUUCUAGAAGUUCUAGAAACUGUAGUUGAUCACCCGAAUUCCAGACGACGUCGACUUCUACGUCGGAGCCAUGCUGGAAGAUCCAGUUGUUGGCGGUUUGGUAGGAACGACGUUGAGCUGCGUCAUUGGCGAGCAGUUCAAGCGAUUGCGCGACGGCGAUCGGUGGGGCGCACUUGCCUUCUUCUUCAUCAUUUUUGGAAUUUUUCCAGAUUCUACUUUGAGAACCCCGGCAUUUUCACGCCGGAACAAGUCGAUCAGCUGAAGAAGGCUUCGUUGUCGAGGGUGAUCUGCGACAAUGGAGAUCAUUUCGAACUUAUUUCUCAGGUGAGAGAAAAAAAAGUUUCAAGAAAACCUUUAAGUUUGAAAAAAAAAAUUAAACUAUACAGUUUUAAUAAUUCCACAUGUAGGACAGAAUAUGAUAGGAAAAGUGUUCUGAAAAAAAAAAGAAAAUAUAAUUUGCUAUGUUUGAUACCUUUCAAGGUCGAUUGUGGGAACGCUUAGAGCGAUUUUUUUUUCCCCGCACCCGACCUAAAACGACUUGCGCUCGAGAGCCAAUUCACUCCUUUUUCCGUGUUUUGAAGAGUUCUUCACAUCGCACUGAAGUUACGGAAUGAAACAUCAAUUUCAGUGAAAACAUUUUUAAACUCCUCGAGAUUUUUAAAUGUUCUGGUCGCAUGUAGAAUGGCUCUAUGCCUUGUGGUUGCCCUGCGGUUUGAUUAACAGAAGUAAAUGGACUUUAUAACUGCGCCCGACCUUGAGCGGCUUUCCCCCAUUCUUACGCCUUUACUCAUUUUUUUUUUUGAUCAGCAAACCUUUGAGCCAUUCCCAGUGCGACCACCACGGCUUCUUAAAUUGUCAUGAAUCAACAAAAUUAUAUAAAUUUUUCAGGACGCAUUCUUGCAAACGGGAUCCCAAAUGUCGUCUUGCAAACAACUGCCGGAAGUCGACCUGACCGCGUGGAAAGCGUAG